AUGAGUGCAAUCCCAAAAUUCGAUAAAAAUACAGUCGUAGUAGUCUUUGGUGCUUCUGGUGACUUGGCUAAGAAAAAAACUUUCCCUGCCCUUUUCGGUCUAUUUAGAGAAGGUUAUUUAGACCCUUCCACUAAAAUCAUAGGUUACGCAAGAUCACAUCUGACUAAAGCUGAAUUGCAAUCAAGAAUAACUCCACAUCUCAAAUUUAAUAACGUUAAGGAUCAUGAAAAGAUUACCCAAGAUUUCUUCAAUUUAAUCACAUACGUAUCAGGUAAUUAUGAUACUGAUGAAGGUUACAAUAAAUUGAGACAAGAAAUUGAAAUUUUUGAAUCAGAAAGACAAAUUACUCAACCACAUCGUCUAUUCUAUUUCGCUUUACCACCAAGUGUUUUCUUAAGUGUAGCUAAACAGAUUAGAAAAUUACUUUAUGCUGAUAAUGGUAUUACAAGAAUUAUCGUUGAAAAACCAUUCGGUCGUGAUUUAGAAACCGCAAGAGAAUUACAAAAUGACUUAAGUCCCCUUUUCAAUGAAGAAGAAAUUUACAGAAUUGAUCAUUACUUAGGUAAAGAACUAGUUAAAAAUUUAAUAGUAUUGAGAUUCGGUAAUCAAUUCCUGAAUUCCGCUUGGAAUAAAGAUAAUAUUCAAAGUAUCCAAAUAUCUUUCAAAGAACCUUUUGGUACUGAAGGUAGAGGGGGUUAUUUCGAUUCCAUAGGUAUCAUUAGAGAUGUCAUGCAAAAUCAUCUUUUACAAGUAUUAACCUUAUUAACGAUGGAAAGACCUGCUUCAUUCGAUCCAGAAUCUGUUCGUGAUGAAAAAGUUAACGUAUUAAAAGCAAUGGAGCCAAUUGACGUUAAUGAUAUUUUAAUUGGUCAAUACGGUAAAUCUGAAGAUGGUAAAAAACCAAGUUAUCUAGACGAUGAAACUGUCAAAAAAGGUUCUAAAUGUAUCACUUUUGCCGCAUUGGCUUUCCACAUCAAUAACGACCGUUGGAGAGGCGUCCCAAUCAUUAUGAGAGCGGGUAAAGCUUUAAAUGAAGGUAAAGUCGAAAUUAGAUUACAGUACAGAGAUGUCCCAUCCGGUAUGUUCCAAAAUAUACCAAAUAAUGAAUUGGUCAUUAGAGUUCAACCAAAUGAAUCUGUCUACAUGAAAUUUAAUGCAAAGACACCAGGUCUAUCUAAUGAAUCACAAGUUACCGAUCUGGACUUGACUUACGCUCAUAGAUACCAAGGUUUCUGGGUCCCAGAAGCUUACGAAGCCUUAAUCAGAGACGCCCUAUUAGGUGAUCAUUCCAACUUCGUUAGGGAUGAUGAAUUGGACGUCAGUUGGUCCUUAUUUACUCCAUUAUUGAACUACUUGGAAGGUCCAGAUGGUCCACAACCUGAAAUUUAUCCAUACGGUACAAGAGGUCCAAAGGGUUUGAAAGAGUAUUUGAAAAAGCAUAAUUACAACGUAUUGGAAAAUCGUAGCGAUUAUACUUGGCCUAUCACUACCCCAGAUGAUAAAAAAUAA